GUUCUGCCGUAAAGCAACUGUGCGGAUCAGCAUUGCGGCCGCCCUUGGGAGGUGAACGGACAUGAGCGGGAAUGGCGGGAGCAAGGCCCUGGAGCUGCUGCGGUCGCUUCCUCGGGUCAGUCUGGCCAACCUAAGACCGAGCCCAGGCUCCAAAAAGAAGGAGAAAAGACGUGGCCGUGGAAGAUAUGGAGGUAGGAAGUGUGGUCGAGGUCACAAAGGAGAAAGACAAAGAGGAAAUCGCCCCCGAUUAGGCUUUGAGGGUGGCCAAACUCCAUUUUACUUGGUCAUACCAAAAUAUGGGUUUAAUGAGGGGCAUAGCUGCAGACGUCAGUACCAACCACUCAGUCUGCAGAGGCUGCAGUACCUGAUUGAUUUGGGUAGAGUUGACCCCACGCAACCGAUUGACUUAACACAGCUCAUUAAUGCCAGAGGUGUAACGGUGCAACCUCUCAAAAGGGACUAUGGUAUCCAGCUGGUGGAGGAGGGUGCUGAUAUUUUUGCAGCAAAAGUAAAUAUCGAAGUGCAGAGGGCAUCUGAAUUAGCAAUUGCAGCCGUAGAAAAAAAUGGAGGUGUUGUAACAACAUCAUUCUAUGAUCCAAGGAGUUUGGAAAUUUUAUGUAAACCAGUAUUAUUCUUCCUGCGUGGCCAGCCUAUUCCAAAGCGAAUGCUUCCACCUGAAGAUCUAGUCCGUUACUACACAGAUGCCGGGAAUCGUGGGUACCUGGCAGAUCCAUCUAAGGUUGCAGAAGCCAGGCUUGAACUUGCCAAGAAAUACGGCUACAUCUUACCAGACAUAACUAAGGAUGAACUCUUCAAAAUGUUAAGCAUGCGCAAGGAUCCUAGGCAGAUAUUUUUUGGUCUUGCUCCAGGGUGGAUCGUGAACAUGACAGAUAAGAAAGUUCUAAAACCAACUGAUGAGAGGCUGUUAAAAUACUAUAGCUCAUGAUUUCAAGACUGGAGACAACUGCAGGUGUACAGGAAACAUCUGGGUAUGAAAUAAUGGAUACCAAGUGGUGUUUGUUUUUUUUUAAGACUCCUGUUAUACUAGACAAAACAUAAAUUUUUGUUCUUCUGGGGUAGCUCUCAACUUUAUUAUUGUCAUAAUACAUUGUAUGAAAAGUCUUAACAUUUGGAAACAGCAUAGAGUCUGACAUAAAGUGCAUGUUGAAGCACUUUCUCUUGCAGUGAUUUGCUAGUUACAUUAUUGGAUGGAAUGUUGUGAUGUUGCAUUUAUUUCAGAGGAUGAUCCCAAAGAGUAACUUGACAUAAUAAUUAGUUUAUACCCCCUCCCUGCCAUUUAUAAUCAGAAACAUGGCUGUACAGAACUCCUAUUAGUUUUACAAUCAUACUACAUACAGUUUUCUAACACAUAAUUUAUAAUGUUAGCUUGAAUUCCUCUUGAGGUAUUCACCUUUUUUCAGAUGGGGAAAAUCAGAACCAACUAGAAGUAACAAUGUACAGAAGAAUUCCUUAACCUGUUCAAUACCAUAGCAAUGUUUUGCAUUUUGCCAUUGCCAUCGAUAGCAGUAGAGCUUGAGAGUGUCUUGAUUUUUAUCUUACUCCUUCAGGUGGAAUUGAGGAUAGGGUAUGCAGUUUAAAAGAACUUUCUGUCUAAAUUUAGAAGGCAAAAAAAAAAAGAUAUCUAUCUUAAAUCAGUGGCUUUUUUUUAUUCAGUCAGAAUUUAAAACUUGUCCAGACAUGAAUGUAAUGUCAUUAAUGGAAAUGCGUAGCAGAAUCUGGAGUUAAUGAAUACUAGAAAGUGGCUGUAGAUUGGGAAGGAUGAGGGUGUGAUGAACAAAGUACACAAUUAGGUCAGUUUUCAGCUUUAUCACAAGUUGCAUAUGUGACAGUGUGCAAAUGAAUUAAGAUGAUGUGAGAAGUUAUGAGCAAAUUCUUUUUAUCCAUGUAUCAGGUUGGUGUCAUUAAAAUCUUGAAAGACAUUUUCCAACAAAUGUAUGUAUUGUCAGUCUCUGCAGAGUGCUGUAUUACUGCUAUGCAAGAGUAUUCUAGGUUUCACUUGCAAGAUUAGUUUUGGCGUUUGGGGUGGUGAAAUGAGUAAACUGAAAGGUGAGAGAGGAAACUAAGUUAUCAGAAGUUGCUCUGACUCCUCAGAAGUUAAUGAGAUCCCUCAUAGUUACAUGAACUUUAAUAGAAGCUGAAUUUGGCUUUAAAAUAGGGAUAAUUUGUUUAUUAGGAUGCAGGAAGCAACCCGGAAGACCAGAACACAAGAAGUCGUUUUGCUUCCCAAUUUUCAUGUGCCUUUGGAAAUGCUACUUACAGUUUCCUGUAGGUGCCAAACCAGUCCAUCUCCUAGGGAAACCCCUUUGAGUGUCAUGUUUCUCCUGUUUCUGUAUAACACUGGUAUUUUUCUGGUAUACCUCAAAUUUAAAAAUCUUUUUCUUUCAGAGAAUAACAAGAGGAGGAGGAAUUUUGUAAUUGGUGUUUGUCAGCCAGCCCAGAUUUUUGCUUCACUCAACAAACUGCAUUGUCAAUUAAUAGCAGCAUCUGUAAACACAAAUUAAGUCUCCCAUUCUCAUGCUCAUUAACUAAUCUGAAAUUCAGAGCUUAACAAUGGAAAGUCCCUAACUUUUGACAAGUUACUCUUCAGGUUCUAUUGUUCAUUUUGAAUAUGUGUUUAGAUGCUAUCAGUAAUGGUAGUUCUCCUGACUUGUGGUUUAAGUAUAGGUGAAACAGCAAAAGAACACCAAUAUAGAAUUGGAUUGUGAAUAGCAGGAAUUUGGUCUUAGUGGUGUUAACAGUCAUGUUUUAUAAGGUGCACAACACUUCUUUGGCACCUUAAGAGUAAUACCGUGUGCCAAAAAAAGUAUAGCUAGUGUUAACUUGAAUGUGAGGUAAAUAACUCUCACUUUAGAUGUAUCCUGUUCUGCAUCCUGAUGAUUGUUGGUUUGGAACCUUAAAUGACAAGCAAUACUUUUUUUUCCUCUGUUUUUACAAUACUACACUGCCUCCAUUUGGGAAGGAGUUGGGGGGGGGGGGGGGGAAGAGUAUUUAUUGCCUUCCCUUAUUUGUGCCAUAAUGUUUCUGUUUUUAUGAAUCAAUUCACAAUUGUAUUUUGUGGAGGUAGUGGUACUCAACAGGAAAGCUACUUAACUGGAAGCGAAGAAGGAAGUUAGUCAUAUUAGUGAAGACCAGAAGACAAAAGUGUUUAUGUAUCAUUGUGUAUUUUGGGGAGGAGAGAGGGAGGGGGACGGCAACUUUGUUUCCACUCCUGCUCUUUGUAUUAAAAUGAACAAAUUGCUUUUGCAAUUUUUUUGUUUUAUAAAUCAACUUCUUUGAUACACGCGUGCAUGCACUGGUUUCUGUGUGUUUUUAUAAUGGUUUUCAGGUGAAAGGGUAACUUGGAUAAAAUGAUAACAGCGAAAGAAAGAAUGAAAACAGGAAACAGAUGUCUGGUGACGUUGAAGGAUUGGAUAGCACUUAUUCAGUGAACGACAUCUUAGUCACAAGGCAGCUGUAUCCUGGCUCUGAUACUACAACGCUACAAAUACCUUGGAGCCAAAACAGCCACGUUCCACAAAAUCCGGUCAUUCUGCUUUAUAAAGGUGAUCUUUUAUCAUAUAAUUGGAGAGGGCAGAAAGGGCUGUAUGUUGCUUUAUUUAAAAUAUGCAACUGUCUUUUUUUUCUUGUAACCUCUUCUGUUUACACUAGCUAGUGUUUUAUGAUGGUUGCUCUGAUUUUUAUUUACUAGUGAAAAAGUGACAAGGCUAUAGAGGAUUUCCUGUUCACUUUAUCUCAUCAGGAACACAAGGCUCCUGGCAACCAAACACAGAAUUAUCAAAAGCACAAAUAAGUUAUUGACAAGGUUUCUAAUAAAUCCAUAGUAAACAGUCUCCCAAUGGACUUUUGUUUAUGUGAAGAUCAGGCUCACUGAUGCAAGACUAAGGCAGCACUGGCAUCUAAGGCCAUUCUCUUUACUUAGGAAUACGUACCAUGUUUUCAUGUUCACCAGAUAAAUGAUUGCUUUGGAUAUCCUGUUUUGAUAGGGGGUUUUCAUGUGCAACAAUGUAUUGCACAGCGAGAAGCACCCAAUCUGCUGUAACCGGAAAAGCAUUAUCAGGUAGCUGAGGAGGAUAAAUGAUACUUUUGCCAUAAAAUGCUGAAAGCCAUGUCAGUUUUUUAUUGUCAACAUCGUACUUUUGAAUGGUUCCUUGAUAAAACUGAUUACAUAUGUGAGACUGAUAUCAAAAUAAAGGGCUCUGAAUGAGUA